AUGUUGCCUCCCAUGACCCUCUCCAGCAUGUUUUGGAUGUUGCUUUCUUGUUUAAUGUUCCUAUCCCAAGUAAAAGGAGAAGAUUCCCAUAAGGAACAACUCUCUACACGGAUCAGCUGUCCCAGAGGCUCCAAAGCAUAUCACUCUUCCUGCUAUGCCUUAUUUCUAAUGCCAAAAACCUGGACUGAAGCAUAUAUAGCCUGCCAGAAGCGUUCCUCAGGACACCUCGUGUCUGUGCUUAAUGCAAAUGAAGGUUUAUUUGUGGCCUCCCUGGUGAAGACAGUAUCAAGCGCUUAUGCAUAUGUCUGGAUAGGACUCCAUGACCCCACACUGGGCUUACAACCCAAUGCAGGUGGAUGGGAGUGGAUUAACGGUGAUGUGCUAAAUUACUUAUCCUGGGAGAGACAUCCUUCCACCAUAUCAAAGCCUGGUCAUUGUGGGACCCUCUCUAGAAGCACAGGAUUCCUGAAAUGGAAAGAUUAUAACUGUGAACAGAGGUUACCCUAUGUUUGCAAGUUCAAAAACUAG